AGCAGCAGAACCAAUCGCAAGACGGAACCACAGCAGAACCAAUCACAGCAAAAAUAACUACAGCAGAACCAAUUACAGUAUAGAUAACCACAGCAGAACCAAUCACAACAUGUUAUUGACACUGUUGGUGGUGGGAAUCAUGAUUUUUGCGUCAGGUCGGCCAAAGUUAACUACUGCAGAAGGCGUCCUUUGGGAUGGUGAGGACCGUGUGCUUGUCCUACAGGAGUCAGGGACGCCCUCAGCCGCCAGCUACGCCCGCCUGGUAAAGCCCUUCCCACGGCUGGAGUCCUUCACCAUCUGUUACAGGAUCAAGCUUAAUAGAUUCCGCGAGGAGUCGACCUUGAUAUCCUACGCUGUUUCUGACGACAAGGAUAACGAGUUUAGGAUAGACCACCGGGAGAGCGGGUACCGGGUUACCAUACAGGGGUACUGGGCCGCCUCACAGCUGGUCACACCACUCCGGUCUUGGGCUCACUUCUGCUUCCUCUACCAGCUGAACGACGCCAGCUGGACCAUCUACCUGAACGGUGAACGGCGAGCAGAGGGCUCGUUCCCGGGCCCCACCACUCCCCUGGAGGGCGGAGGAGCCUUCGUGAUUGGUCAGGAACAAGACAGUCUGGGAGGAGGGUUCCAACGUGACCAGAGUUUCUGCGGCGAAAUAACUCACCUUAACAUCUGGUCCCGCACCCUCGACAACCACACCUUGACACAGAUGUGGUCGUGUGAGGGGGAACGACCUGGUGACCUGUUGUCGUGGUCGUCGUCGUUAGAGUCGUGGCAGAUCGACGGAGAGACAUCUUGGGUCCAGAGGUCACGACAUGACCUGUGUCACCCCACCACCAGGGUCAUCACUAUCUUCCCUAACCGCUUUAACCUUGCUCAAGCUGACCACCUCUGUCAUGUGGUGGGAGGGGAGGUGAUGGUACCAGUCAAUCAGCUGGAGAACUCGUGGCUGUACGAGAGGACGAAGAAGGAGGCGGAUCACUGCUCUGGGGGAGAGGGGGCGUCCUACCUGUGGCUGGGUGCCACUGACGCGGCCGAGGAGCGUACCUGGGCCUACCUUGAUACGGCCUCCCCCAUCAGUUGGGAGGGACCGUGGAGGGGCGACGGACCCAACGGCGGCAGCCAAGAGAACUGCCUGGUGAUGCUCUCUGGGAAAUUCCCGGGGCGCUGGUCCGACAUUGCCUGCCUUAACUCCUACUCCUUCUGCGUCCCCUGCGAGUUUAAGAAGCAAGAGCCUAUAUAUUUAAAGGGCCCCGCCAUGUGUCCUGACUCGCCCUUUAAUCAGCGGUACUUAAUUGGGGAGGAAAUAGGCGGGCGACCUUCCCUCGUGGGCUUCUUCCACUCGGAUAUCUUCUGGGAGAACAACACCUGGUACCUUCAGUCUCUCAAGGAACCGGACGUGGUUGCAUGGUGGUCACCUGUGAAGGACGGGAUGUACCCCUUUGGGACGCAUCCAUGGACGCUGGGAAUGGACGUGUGUGGGAUGCGUCCAGACACCGUCGUCAACCUCACGCUGUCUGUCUGUCAUGAAGGGGAGUUCACCUGUGCUGACGGGUCUUGCAUCGACUUGACGGAGCGCUGUGACCUACGCAUCAACUGCCCAGACCAAAGUGAUGAGGCACAGUGCUCCAUCCUGGACAUACCGCCCGGGUACCGCACCGUAAUACCGCCUCCACCUACCAACGAGUCCCAACCUCUCCACAUUUCGUUCAGCGUCAGAGUGAUCGCCUUCCCUACCAUCGCCACGCAGGAUCUGGGCUUCACCGUCACCCUCCAGCUGAUCCUCCGCUGGAAGGAUACCCGCCUUAACUUCCACAACCUGAAGGAGGACCGAACCCUGAACCUCCUGUCACGAGAGUCCGCCAGGGAGAUCUGGACGCCGCUGGUGUUCUUUAGUAAUGCUCAGGGGAACGUGUUUACCAAUCUAGACUUGGGGUCACGUGUGGAGUGUGUCAGAGAAGGUCCUUCACAGCCUGGCCCUCCUGACCUGCCCGACGAAGUGAACGUAUUUUCCGGACACGAGAACAGCUUAGAGAUGAGUCAACUGUACACAACCACCUACAGCUGUGACUUCGAUUUAAUCAAGUUUCCCUUCGAUUCCCAGGUGUGUCAAUUGACCUUUACCUUGGUGUCAGCGGCGUCCUCCUACAUGGUGUUGGAUCCUGACCUGACCACCUACACUGGACCCAAGUACCUGAUUGAGUACGAGAUAGGAGACAUCACCAUGCACAGGAUUCACGAGGAGGAAAAGACCGAGUUCUCGACGGUGCAGGCGGAGGUGAGGUUCGUCCGUCGCUACACCUUCUACCUCCUCACCCUCUACAUCCCCACUACACUCCUCAUCUUCAUCGCCUACGCCACCUUCUUCUUCAACCCCGAGGACUUCAACUCUAGGAUCACUGUCGCCAUUACUUCCCUGUUGGUGUUGACGUCAUUGUUUACCCAGACCUCGAACGCGUUACCCAAGACCUCCUACUUCAAGUUAAUAGACGUGUGGCUCUUCUUCUCCAUCGUCAUCAUCUUCGUCGUCAUUCUCCUGCAGACUCUCGUUAACUUCUCCAACCAGAACGCCUCAGCUGAUCAUUCUUGCCUUGGUAAAUUUAUCAAUAAACUGGUGCACGGGCAUACCAAGCAGUUUCAGAGACCCGUGGCAACUGACGAGGUACCUGACGAAGGAUUUAAGGCAGGUAGUGACAAUCACCUCACUCGUCAAUCAACCUACGACCAAGAAAGUCACCCUGUUAAUCCCUUCAACAAAAACAACACCGAGACAUCACGAACUCAUAAUAUUUACUUCCCCAGAAAUGAAGAUGUGGUUUUAUACGAACGUCCAAACCUGCGGCAGAGAGAGACGCAUUCAGGGAUUGUAAAGCAGACGGGGAGUGAGAGCAAGAGGCAAGAAUCUGAUCUACGUGAGCCGAGGAGAAGGAAGAGGAGGCUAGGAUCGUGGCUCUCUCAGGCGGAACGGAAGGGUGUGAAUAUGUCUCUUAUGAUCAAGAGUCGGUUCCUGAUACCUGUGAUAUUUGUGGUGUUUAAUAUGUGCUACUGGGGGAUUGCAUUCAGCCACAUGAUACAAAUAACUGGGGUGUAAGCGACCAAGAAAGGGGUGAGGAGGAAGGAGAGAAAGAAAAGAGCAGAACAUCAACAAAGAAGAGGAUAUAAGAAGAAGAAUAAGAGGAGGAGGAAGAAGAGGAAGAA